AUGGGGGAGGUAGUGCUCCUAAAGCUGCUUCUUCUGCUCUCGGGGGCCUUGGUAGGGACCGAGACCUGGGCGAGUGAGUGCGGGGGUGGGGGAGGGAGAUGGGUGCGGGGCAAAGGGGGAAGGAAAUGGCCUCUGCGCGGGAGCAGCCUGAGGACCCUCCAGAGAGCGAGCAGGAGCUGGGGAAACUGCGUCCCCACUACUCCCAGCCCAGACCUUCCCCGCCGUAGUGAGGCACGUCCUGACCCUCCACUCCCGCCCCUAAGUCCUGCCCUGCCGCAUCACACCACCCCCUUUGCGUCUUUCGAGCUCGCUCCUCUUCUCCAGGUGUUGUCAACCUGGGACCUGGGUCGGGCGCCUGGAGGAAGGUGGACCGGGUCUCAGCCGCUCUCGCCUCCAGGCUCCCACUCCUUGAGGUAUACGGAAACCCUCGAGUCCCGGCCCGGCCUCCGGGAGUCCCGCUUCAUCUCCGUGGGCUACGUGGACGACACCCAGUUCAUGCGCUUCGACAGCGACGCGAAGAAUCCCAGACAGGAGCCGCGGGCGCCGUGGAUGGGGCUGGAGGGUCCGGAGUAUUGGGAGCAAAACACACGGAUUUCCGAGAACUCUGCACAGAAUCACCGAAUGUGCUUGAACACCCUGCGCGGCUACUACAACCAGAGCGACAGCGGUGAGUGGGGUUCUCACACACUCCAGAGGGUAUAUGGCUGCGAGGUGGGGACAGAGGGGCGCCUCCUCCGAGGGUUCCUUCAGUACGCCUACGACGGCGCGGAUUACAUCACCCUGAAUGACGACCUGCGCUCCUGGACCGCUGCAGAUGCUGCGGCUCAGAUCACCCAGCAAAAGUGGGAGGCCACAGGUGCUGCAGAGCGCCGCAGGGCCUACCUGGAGGGCACCUGUGUGGAGUGGCUCCUCAGAUAUCUGGAGAACGGGAAGGACAGUCUGCAGCGCUUAGACCCCCCCAAAGACACAUGUGACUCACCACACAGCUCUGAAGGAGACAUCACUCCCAGGUGCUGGGCGAUGGGCUUCUACCCUAAGGAGAUCACCCUGACUUGGCAGCGGGAGGGAGAGGACCAGACCCAGGACAUGGAACUGGUGGAGACCAGACCUGCAGGGGAUGGAAACUUCCAGAAAUGGGCAGCUGUGGUGGUGCCUGCUGGAGAGGAGCAGAGAUACACCUGCCAUGUGCACCACGAGGGGCUGCCUGAGCCCCUCACCCUGAGAUGGGAGCCAUCCCCUCAGGCCACCAUCCCCAUCAUGGGAAUUGUUGCUGUUGUAAUUGUCCUUGUUGUCACUGGAGCUGUGGUCGCUUUUGUCAUGUGGAAGAAGAAAAACACAGGAGUUAAAAAAGGGCCCUAUGCUCCAGCUGCCUGUAAUGACAGUGUCCAGGGCUCUGAUGUGUCUCUUUCUGCUUAAAAAGGUGAAGCCCUGGAGGGCCAGAAGAUGGAGAGGGGUUGAGGAAGGAGGAGACUUUUGAGUUACAGGGAUUUGUGACAUUUUGGGUCUUUAAUGGGUUGUUCAGAGUGUCUCCAUUACAAUGAGUGAUCUGAAUCUGUUCAUGAUACUUUUUUUUCACAGUUUGAGACAGCUGCCUUCUGUGGGGCUGAGCAGUACAGGAUUUCUUCAGUUCUCUUCCUGCUCCCUUCUGAAAUCUUAAGAAGUCCCAACUACUCUUUGUGCAGCUGGCAUCUAAUUGUGUCUUUGUGUCUGUGUUCCUAUAAUCAUAAUGUGAGGAAAUGGAGAGAGGAGCACAUCCCUGGUAACCAGGACACCUCCCCACACUGUCAUGUUCUCUUCCUCAAUCAACUUUCCUCUGUAGCUGAUGUGGGGCUGAGAUGUCUUCAUUCCUGAUUUAGCUUUAUGUUGCUCUGAACUGUAGCGUCUUUCUUCCCUUUUGGAAAAUCGAAUGUGGAUAUUGAUUAUAUUUCAAAUUUGUGCCACAAAAUAUGUUGAUGGGUUAAUUAAAUGAGAAGAGGAUUCCUAAAAUUUCUGAGAGAAAAUAAAACCUGAAACCUUCCAGAA